AUGAAUUCGACCUUUACUAAUCGGCGAAAGCCGCGUAAAAUCGGCACUGAGGACGAAGAGGAUUCUACAACGGAGCAAGAAAAUGGACCAGUAGUUAGGAGACCAACAAACCUAAAAUCAAAACAAAAAUCAAAACUCCGACUCUCAUUCGGGCCCGGCGAAACGUCGAUGACGGAUGAUGGCGGUGAAGGUAGUGAAGUCGUUACCCCCAAACGACCAGGUCUCGGUCGUCGCGUACUCGAGAAAAACACAUUGCAAAAAGCGGCGAACGCGAGCGGAUCAAACCAGCACCUCCCCUUCCGAGUUGGGCAGGACCAGGAUAGACCGACAUAUGGAGAAGAUUAUAUUAAGGAACUACGAAGCUCGACACCUUCUACACCGAAGGCGACAGAUAGUGACUCAGCUGAGGUGAAGAGUGAGCGAAAUGAAAUCGAUGUUGCAGCUAAAUUUGGAGAAAUAAUGGAAACAUCUGGUGCGAUGGUUAUACCUAGUGAGGCGGAGAUUCGAGAAAAGAAAGCUCGCAGAGCGCGUCUGGCAAAUGAGCAGGAAUAUAUUUCCUUGGACGACCGGGAAGGGGUCGAAGAAGAUGACUAUGUGGCCCUAGACUCUCGUAAAGAGCACACUCGUCUAGUUCGAGAUGACGAGGACUUCGCGGAAGGAUUCGAUGAGUUUGUGGAGGAUGGCAAGAUAUCCCUCGGACGAAAAGCUGAGCGGGAACAGCAACGAAAGAACCGCGAGCAAAUGCGCGAAAUGAUAAAUGAGGCAGAGGGGACAUCGGAAGAAGAGGACUCGGAUGCAGAACGAAAUGCAGCGUACGAGGCUGCUCAGACCCGUGCGGGUAUGGAUGGGUUGGGACACGACAAACAUGAUUCAACCCGACCCAAAACGCCGCCAAAGGUCACUCCCUUACCGAGUCUAUCCAGCGUUAUAGGUCGUCUUCGUACAACGUUGGCGGAAAUGGAGACCUCGAAGAAAGUUUUGGUCGAUCGCAUGGAAGAGCUUCGUAAGGAAAAGGCCGAUAUUGCAGUACGUGAGGUCGAAAUUCAGACACUCAUCAAAGAAGCCGGAGAAACCUAUGAGAAGCUUCGGGUGGAAGCUGGCCUUGUUCCUGGUAAAGAGGGCCUACCCGGAGAUAUUUCUUCGACCGACCGAGGCUUGGAGAGCUUAGGGAAUUCACUGGUGGUAUCCCGAGUCGAUUCUGAAGCCGAGUCAUUCGACUGA